AUGUCGUGUUCUGCCGUAAACUGCACGACGAAUCGAAGUAGUCAUGGUAUACAUCUAUUCAGAUUUCCGGCUCAACUUGAACGCAGAAAAAUUUGUAUAAAUAAUACCAGAAGAGCUCAAUGGCAACCUACAGAAUCUGCUCGUCUGUGUGAAGUUCAUUUUGAAGAGAACCAAUUUGAAAGAAAAAGGAUAGAUGGCUGGAUUAAAUUAAAAUGGGACGCCAUUCCUACAAUUUUUAAUGUUCCAAAUCCACCGAAGAGCACAAUGACAAAAAGUAAAUCCAAAUACAAGAUACUUGAUCCUCCUUUGAAUGUUCAACCAAAUGAAAUUGAAAAUACAACUGGUGCAAGUAUGCAGUCAUUGCAGUCUAUACCUGAUGAUAGAGUGUUGGACAAAAUUAAAUUGAAAAUAAAACUGAUGAAAAUAUGCAGUCAUUGCAGUCUGUAAGUAUGAUCAUAAAAUAAAAUAUUAA